CACCGCGGCGUCCUGCUCCGCGACCCCGGCGACAGCCCCGACACCCGGCGCGCGCUGCUCGCGCUGCUGGACUCGCACGUGGAGGCGCCGCGCCCGCGCCUGGGCGAGUUCGUGGGGACCCCACGCCACGAGCUGUGGCACUUCCUGUGGGAGCUGCAGGAUGGCCGGGGCUGGCGGCAGGUGGGCCCCGAGCCCGUCGUGCGCGCCCCGGAGCCCGCGCUGCACCCCGUGGUGCCCGACCUGCCCGGCUCUGGGGUCUUCCCCGACCGCGAAGCCGCCCGUGCGGUCCUGGAGGCGUGUACGCCCUUCAUUCCCGAAGCCCGAGCUGUGCUUGACCUGGUCGACCAGUGCCCCGAACAGGCCCAGAAAGGAAAGUUCCCGGUGAUCGUCAUCGAAGGACUGGAUGCCACCGGUAAGACCACAGUGACUCAGUCGGUUGCAGAGUCCCUCAAGGCUGUCCUCUUAAAGUCCCCACCCGCUUGCAUCAGCCAGUGGAGGAAACUCUUUGAUGACGAACCAACUAUCAUUAGAAGAGCCUUUUACUCUUUGGGCAAUUACAUCGUGGCUUCUGAAAUAGCUAAAGAAUCCACCAAAUCUCCUGUGAUUGUGGACAGGUACUGGCACAGCACGGCCACCUACACCAUCGCCACCGAGGUGAGCGGCGGCCUCCAGCACCUGCCCCCGGCCCGCCACCCUAUCUACCAGUGGCCGAGGGACCUGCUCAAGCCCGACCUGGUCCUGCUGCUGUCCGUGAGCCCCGAGGAGAGGGCACGGAGGCUCCAGGACCGCGGGCUGGAAAGGACGCGGGAGGAGGCCGAGCUGGAGGCCAACAGCAUCUUUCGUCAAAAGGUGGAAGUGUCCUACCAGCGGAUGGAGAACCCCGGCUGCCACGUGGUCGAUGCCAGCCCCUCCAGAGAAAAGGUCCUCCAGGGAGUCUUAAGCCUGAUCCAAAAUGAGUGUAAUUAGUUGUCAUCACACAUUUAUUAGAUUUGAUGUUGUUUGAUACACCUCGGCCACCAGCGAUUGUCCAGUUUCGUAAAUUUCUGUUACGUAAGCAUGUCGGGCAGCAGAGAAUUAAAGACCAGAGGUCAUACUUGCUUCUGACCGAUGGACCCAUUUAGGUCGAGUCCGGUCACACUCCAGUGAGAGGCCGGUGGUCGCGUUCGGCCUCGUGUAAUGCACGUUUCCUUGGAACGUGUUUUUAACUACAUCCCUGCCAAGGUUUGUCACCUCCAGAAAACGUGAGGUGUACAGAAGCAAGCAGAAAGAUCUUCCAAAUCAACGGAAACCCCUCCCCCGCCCCCAGGCUCUCCUGAGCCUGGACCUGGCUCACUGAGACCUUGACAUCAGUGCUGACUUCUUCCUAGUCAUCAUGACUGGGCCCCAAAUCCUAGAGCCAAGUGCCUCUGAAGCACAUAUCUGUGUGUCCUGGCUGUUUGAACACUCCCUCGGGGCGUGUUGUGGGCAGGACACACUUCCACAGAAGGCGUCUGACUUGCGUCUGUGACUCACAGCCCUGGGCUGGUCCUCUUGAUAACACUUCAUGGUCAAGUAUACAGACAGCCAACCCCAAAACCUCUAAGUUCAGUUACACCCACCUUCUCUGAAUUACAUGCUGCUUAUUUAUAUCCCUGCCCUUCCCCUGAAAACGGCUUCGGACGUGAAGAUUGAUUUGCGCUGAACCAGACGCAUGACACUUGGGCGGUCCAGCAACGUGUUCAUCUUGCCGUUUUCCAUCACGUGUUCCCGCUGUAGGGACGAUGCUUCCCCAGUCCGAACGGAAGCCAGGAAGGUGUCGCGGUGCUUGUGUAUUUUCAUUACAGAGAUUUAAUUUAUCUUACUACGUAAGUACAGUGGAUCCUAGAACAGGACCUCGUAGUAAAUUAUCUUGCCCUUGAAUGUCUUGUGAUUGCACAUGAAGCCAGCUUUGAGAUCUGGCUGGGAAAGGGUUGGGGAGGAAGGAGAAACAGUGACGAGCUUCGUGGCCUUGGGUGAGUCAUGAAACAUCAAUAGUCUGAUCUAAACUGUCUUUGUCUUAGGGAGUUGGCUGAACCUGGUGCCUACCUAUAAUUCCUUCCGGUUCUAAGAUAAAUGAGUCUGCAUAUUAUUUGGGGGAAAUGUCUUUUUGAGACCUUCAUGCCUUAUUAGGUUUAUCAUAUGGAAAAUUAAAUUUCAAUAAAGUUUAGUUUUAAUUGUCUCAUACUAUUUUUCAAAAGAACUAUAGGUAAUUAAUUGAUACAAAAUGAAUCUAUGUAUAUAAAUAUGUGAUUGAUUGGUUUGAGUUGAAAAUAUUUUUAAAGCUGAUAAAUAGUGUUAGGGUUCUUUAAGAGGUGAUAUCUCAUUACAUUAUCGAUAUUAAUUACUUUAAACAUUCUGAGAAGCUAAUGCUGGCAGCCUGGACAAACAAGCAUUUAAUGCCUUCUUUAUGUACCUUGCAAACGAAUAAACUCGCUGUGGUUUACUAGCUUA